UCAGAUAAAAAUACAUAUAAAAACCGUCCAUGCGGUACCUGUAGAACGUCAUAUUUAUUUUUUACAUUAACACGAAAAUUCGGAUAGUUUUUUUUCAGUGUCAAUAAGGCUGUAUAGUGUAACCUUUAUGGGCGAAAGGUAAAAAAAUAUUUUUAGCAUGCAAUGACAGAUAAGAUGACAGCUUUGAUAACAGCGCUACCAACAUCAGCAAACAAACGUCAAAAUCACGAGUGGAUUGAUCAGCUGAUGCGGGAAAUAAAUUGUAUCUUGUCAAGCUUAUAAAUGUUUUGGGCUAAGUAAAUACACUGAGAAACUCAUGUUUAUAACUGGAUUAUAAUAAUAUUAUAUCUGAGAGGUAAAACCGAAAUGGAUAUAGACAGCUUACCAUUGGAAGCAUUCUUAGAAAUACUCUUAAAUACUGACGGUGUUACAUUGGGGCGGUGUCGCAGAGUAUGCAAGAAAUGGAAAGAAAUAAUCGAAAGCAACGAUGUACUGUGGCAAGAUAUGUGCCGAAAUGAUUACAAAUAUCCUUCGAGAAUCGCAAAGAAAAAGGCUGGUACAGAUUGCAAAUGGUAUCACAUAUAUAAAAACAUGAAAAUGUGGGCAAAAGUGUCGUCGUACGAUGUGAAAAUUAGUGAAUUUUAUAAGUUCAAUCACCAUGACAAAAAACAUGCAUUGGAAAUUGAUAACAAUAUAUUGCCACUAAGAGAUACCAACGGUGUAGUACUGUAUGAUAUGAGCACUUUAAAAUAUAUUCCGGCGACUGUCCCAGAGAGAAAGUGCACCAAAAUUGCCAAUAAUGAUAAUGUUACUGUAACAUUGUUAAAGGGAGACUUAUUUGUUCAAAGAACCGUUGAAAAUGGGACUUACAUGACGGAAGUCGUUUUCAAAGCUGACGAUUUCAUUCUCCAUGGUGAUACACUUUUUUUCUACAACAACCGAGACAUUUACAGAUGCAACCUAAUGAUUCAAAAUUUAUUUGCAGACUUAAUAUUACACUGUGAUUUUGAUAUCAAAGAAAUUAUUUAUAACGAUGGGGUAUUACAUAUUUUUACUGAUUGCGGGCAAAUAGUUAAUGUUACUAAAGAUAAACAAGUGUCAGUACAGCCCAUUAGAUGUCCACCAGAAUGGAUAAAGCAAAUCAAAUAUGUCAGUGCAAUAAAUGAUAAAAACUUCAUUUGCUAUUCACGCAAUUUGUUUAAGAUUGAAACUGACAAUUAUCAACACUUGUAUUUAGAUUUCCCGCCUAUAACUGCCCUGUUUUUUUAUGGAGAUGUGACAUUGAUUGGUACAAAAGACGGCGAGAUACUUUUGUAUCGUCUUGCUGACCAGAAAAGAGCUGUUAAACCCAGGUUCGAGACGCUAGGUACUUUACCAGAGGGGAAAUUUGCUGUCCAGUUGGAUGUGUGCGAGAGAAAGACUGGACCUGUAAUUGUUGCAUCGACAUUCUUUUCAAUAAUACUGUUGGAAAUUGAUUUCUUUCCCCAUGAAAAAGAGAUAAAAUCAUCUUAUCCAGCCAGCAAGAUGUUAAUGUACAAACGAUUACUAAAGCUACGCGAAAGACUGCACGACCAUUAAUUAAAAAAGAAAUAAGUUAUGGAAGAAAUUAAAAAGUUUUAAAUAUAGAGACGAUUAGAUCUGAAGUCUCAAAACCAUAUUCUUUUUUCAAUUCCAGAUAUUUUUAGAUGAAAAAUGUCAGAUUUUUUUUAUUGUAAGUAUGUUCUUACAAAGACUACGAUGAUAAGAGCGAUAAAAGCUUGAGAUAAUCGAUUAUUAUGAAGUUACAUUUUCAAAGCAAUAUUAUGGUAUAAUUUUGUAUUUAUGAAUCAAUUUUCACUUAAUAACGUCUCCGUCAUUCUAGAGCUCCAAAUUAAAAAAAAUCAUUACAUAGUAUAAAACAUAGUCGCUUCCCGCUGUCUGUCUACCUCUAUGUAUGCUUAGAUCUUUAAAACUACGCAACGGAUUUUGAUGCGGGUUUUUUAGUAGAUAAAGAGAUUCUAGAGGAAGGUUUAUUGCACCCGUGCGAAGCCGGGGCGGGUCGUUAGUAAAUAAUAAAUGGAAAACACUCACCUCAUUAAACACAAUUGUACAAUCAAUUUAAAUUAAAAUAUUUAAAUAAAUAAAUAAAAAAUGUACAUUUAUUAAGAAGGCGCUCCUUGCCCACUAACUAGCGACAUCGUCACAUUUUUAUCAAUUUAAUUUAAUUACUAGCGAAAACUUUAAAAUACUGGUGAUUAUGCUACACUACAUAAAGGAUUUUAUUAGAUAGUAUUAUAAUUUAUUUUUACAAAAUGUCACAAUGAUAAUUAUUUUGAUGACCACUGUCGUCUCUAUUCGUAAAUUGUGGAAAUUGUGUCCAAUUAAAAUCAUUUAUCUAGUGUAACAUAAAUUUUAAUAUCACAUUUUAGUUUUCGCUAAAUUAAAUCAAUAAAAAUGUGUCGGUGGCGCUAGUGUGCGGGUCGGCCCAGUCUUAUUCAGUCAUAGUGUUAGAUAAGAUUUGUUAAGUUAGUCAUAGUGACUAACUGAUUAAACUUGAUGAAAUUUUUAUUUAUUACAUAAUGAGAGCAUAAAUUAUGUAAAGUGAUAUUUAAGCUAGAAAUAUAUAUUGUUGAUUGUUCCUAAAAUUAUGUUUUUAUUUAAUAAAUUAUAUGAACAGUAUUGUUUCUUUUUGUUAUUUUUCAAAUAUUCGCAUAUAUAAAUAAAUAAAUUGUU